AUGUCACAACGGGAGACCUUUGAGGUCAUUGCUGACGAUGCUCGCGUUUGCAGAUAUUGCAACACUACAGUAUUCCUUUCGGCUUUGGCUUGUGCGCAUGGGAAAGCAGUAUGUCUCGAGCACAUUGACCACCUGUGUAGUAAAUGUCCUCCGUCGGAAUGUAUUCUGAAGUAUCGUUACACCGCUGAGGAACUCAGUGAAAUCGUCCACAAGUUAGAAGAACGUACAACCCUUUAUUUCGAUUGGAAAGAGCAAGUGGACAAUUUGUUGAACGAUUCCCGCACGAAACCAUGUACCAUUUUUGUUGAGCUUUUUUCAUAUUUGUCUUCUUAUUAG